UCUCUUGUUUCUUUCGGUUUGUGUUCCAUUUCCAUUCCCACGUAGGCUCUGUAGGGGUUUGCGGACCGCGAGGUCGCACGAUGGAAGGCAAGAACGCGAAGGCCCUCCUCUUCUCCCCCUCCCUCACCCUUUCCUCCGUCGUCCUCGGGUCCUCUGAGGAGAGGCGGGGGACGGCCUCCAAAAUCUUUCCAUUGACGAGCUCCAUCGCCGCCGGCUGGCAUCCAUUCUGCUCCUCCCAUGAUGAUGUCGGCCACUCACACAUCCUUCUUUCGCCUGCAGCUGGUUCGAACCAUCUUACCUGCGUCCCGGAACGCUGUCCGAAGCUGACGACAACGAAGAUCGAACCCCUUGAAAGCGAGGCCCCGGAUUCGAUCUUGGUGGACGGAGGAUCUCCCGGUUUCCACCGCCUCCCGAUGCUCAGAUCUCUGGAGCCGUUACCUCUGGCGAUCAAGAUGCCGUCGGUUCCGCUGGGUAUCCCCUCCGGCGAUCUGAUAUCCGUCAUCGAGCCAUCCCAUAAGCGCUUCCGAGGUUCGUCAGCUUCUUUCUCUUGGUCUCCCCCGCCGUGUGCUCCUCCUCCUACUGCUCCUACGACUCCGCGUCAUCGGCGACCGCUGCCAUCGAGCGAGCUGUCGCGUCAGCGGCGGAAGAAGAUCAGCGACCGUACGCGGAUCAUCGAGUCGCUGAUGCCGUGGGAACGGCGAAUGGACACGGGGUCGAUGCUGGAGGAGGCGUACAAGUACAUCCGUUUCCUGCAAACCCAGGUGGCAGCCCUCCGUUCGAUGCCGACCGCAGCUGAGUUCUCGGCCGCGCCAGUGUCCUCUGGCCGCGGCGGGGGACUGGGCGGGCUGGAGCGUCUCAACCGCCAGCAGAUGCUGCAGGUGGUGGUGAACUCGCGUCGGGUCCAGGAGAAGCUCUACGAAAGAGGGCUUUGUGUCUUCUCGGUGGAGCAGGUGGCAUCGCUCCAGAAGGAGGUGGAGCGCCGCCCUCCAUUCGUCUCCGCCGUCAACGCCUCCGCCGUCAACGCCUCCGACUGAGUCAUCCCACGCAAAGAGCUCCAUUCCCUUUGGAAGCAGCGAUCGAAGCAGGUCUGUCAAUAUUUCCAGUUUUUGCAUACAAAUAGUCGUCAUUUAGCUUUUACUUCCUUACGGUUGUAUGUCUGAAGGGAGAAAGAAAAUGGAAUUAGAUAGGGUUAUAGGGAGGUUGAGUGGGUUAAGUUUUGGGUUUCUUGGGGGGUUUGCUCACUCACUUCUUAAGUUGGGAAUUACUGUUUCUCCAAUAGAAUUAAUUGGAGGCGGGUUUAAUGAGAUCGAUAAAUGGUGUAAUUGAUUACGGUUUAAAAUGU